CCGCCAUAUUGGAAUUGACGAAAAAGUUGAAAUGACAGAAUUUAUAGUAUUUCCACAUUUUCAAGGUGGACUGACACAUGAAAAAGCCAUGAUAGCUUAACUAUAAACUCAGGGCUCAUAAAAACACCUCAAAUUAAGAUACAUUGAAGAAUUAAUUACGAUCUCAAGAGACAAUACGGAUAAAUCAUAUCACGCCUAAUGAUACCAAGAAUUUGUGUGAAGAAACAUUUGUCAUAUGACUGUCUUAAGCAAGAUUAAGUUGAAUUCAAGUACAUGAAUCAAAAAACUCAUAAUUUAGAUUUAAGACUCUGAGCAUUGAUCCGAUAUGGCCAAAGAAGAGAUUAUAGCACAAUCCAGUUCUGUCAUUUUAAGUUACGAACAAGGUAUUAUUUCUGCGAACAUCAAGCAAGAGAUUGAUGAGUCUCAUUAUUGUAUCAAUUCAGAAAUGAAUUCCAUGAAUGGAAAUGUGUAUGCAAACGAACAUGUAAGAACUUCACAGGCCAUCAAACAAGAGAUAGAAACCUAUAGCAGCACAGAUAAUAUACCAAUAGAAGAUGUUGGUGUGUUAACAAAGUAUAAUGAUGACAUUGUAAAAGAGGAAGUUGCAGCACCAUCCAACAGUGUUCCAUUAGAUGAGAAACAGACUUUUGAUCAAGGGGAAGAAGUUAAAAUGAUGAUCAAGAUUUCAAAGACAAUAUGAGAAGCCAUUUAAAUGUCAACAUUGUGAAAAAUGUUUCAAUCAGUCUUCUAAUUUGAUACGUCACGAAAGAAUUCAUACAGGUGAGAAGCCUUAUAAAUGUCAACAUUGUGGAAAA